AUGCAAGACAAUAUAAAGGCUCAGAUUGGAUGGCUGAAGCAAAGCAGGGCUUUUGAGCCAAAACGGGAGCUUUUAAAUCGCGUUUUGAGCCUAGAAACAGCCGAUAAAAGGCAAAAAGUGGCAACUCAGUCCCAAGAGAUUCACAGGGCCCAAAACGCUGUGAUCGACUUAACUAGUGAGACAAGGGUGAACGCGGUGAUGCCCGGCAUCUUGCAGCCGUCGAAGCAGCCCAUUCCCAACGCUGGGGUAAGCACUGAAGAAGAAAGCAUCACACCAAGAUCUGGUAUAUCAUUUUCGCAUCCAACAGCUGUGAAGCAUCCUAGAGGGCUCACAGAGUCCACACAGCUAUCGCAGAAACCUACAUCGCUCCCUGCCACUUCAUAUGUGGAAUCUGGGAGCGCAACUAGCCACCACACAAGUUCGAGUGAGUUCCAUAGCCGACUGCGAAAGGACAGAUCUCAUUUGCAGCCUUCAAGCUCAAUGGAGGUCAUUUCUUUACAAGACAAGGUGAUCGGACUGCUAGAAGAAAAAGCUACAACCCUAAGUGGUAAAAUUUCGAUUGUAGAAUCAACAUCACUCUCAGAAGACACUAAGAGACUUCAGAUCCAACAACUAGCCCCGAGGCUAAUGGCACUGGAGAAAGAGCUGAAUGACCUGAAAACCACAUUGCGCUCAUUGAGACCUGUGUCGCGCGUGCUUGAUGGCUCGGUUAGUGAAACUCGGCAUGAGCCAGUGAGCCAUCCUAUUCUCAGCGUUUCCGCUCCUAGCAUCAACCCACAAAUGCUUCAAGGUCCUCAGGUAGCACUUCGUAAUGCCGUCAUAGAAAAAGAUCUCAUCACAGUCCUGGACGACGAAGAUGAUGAUGAAGUUGACGUCAAUGGUCGUGAUAGAGUGCGCAUAGAAGAUCAACCAGGAUUUCUGGCUCAAGUCACCACGUCAAAAGCAGUACCGAUGAUAGAUAAUCAAGCACAAGGGCUACGAGCAAGGCCUUUGCGUAAACACAAAGAAAUCAACUACAAGAUUCCGGAAUUGGAUGAUAGUCUCAAUUACAAUAUGAGGCCAUCGUUUCUGGCUACGCAGCACUCAGGGAAAGACGGAGAAGAUACAACCAUGGAAGCAGAGCCAGAGGAUUCACAGUUUUUGCUCACCGCGGAGGAAGAGCAUGAUGAAGCACGAACUAGUGAUCGAGAGUUUGUUGAAGAUGGUUUGGAUAAUCUUCUAGAUGAAAGCACUGAUGGAGAAUAUCAGGCAACACAGGGCUCAAGUGCUGGUCAUUUGUCUCCAAAAGGCCCUGAACAGGUUUCUGAGUUUGAUCAAAGCCUAAAUGUGCAAAUUAUAGGCUCCUCGCCAGCUCAAAGUCCGCGCAGAGACGUAGGGCCUCGUUCAGGGACUCCUGAGCUCGACUUAACGGGAGCCGAUAACGGUCCUGAAUUCGAUACGAUUACUGAAAGCAUACAGCAGACGUUUCCAAAUCAAAGUCAAGCCAAUUGGCAGCCAUUCUCAUCGAACACAGAGGUACGAGCCCUUCGCGACGAUGAAGUUGUUCACGACGAUACCUUCACUCACAGUGACUCGGAGGAUUUCGAUGAUUUUGAUGCUGAGAGGGAAAAUAUGACUCAAGGUGCCAGUGUAAGAGAAGUGGAUGACGACUUGAGAAUUAUCUCCGAACAAAGGAUAGAGAAUUCUAACCAAGCAAGCCACGAAAUCAAACGGGAGAUUAUUGACGUGGAAUCAGUUUUUAAUGUUGAUGAUCAACCAAACCAGGUAGUAAAAACACAACCUAACGUCAGCAACGAGAGGCUAGAAUACAGUAUGACAGAACCUCAAUAUGCUUGGACACCCGAAGUAUUCCACCGCCUUCAUCAUGUUUUCAAAUUACCAGGAUUUCGCCUCAAUCAGCUGGCGGCGGUCAAUGCGACUUUGGCCGGAAAGGACGUUUUCGUUCUCAUGCCGACAGGUGGCGGCAAGUCUCUGUGCUACCAGCUGCCAGCUGUUGUGAAGUCGGGCACAACAAGUGGCACGACCGUUGUUAUAUCGCCUCUCAUCUCCCUUAUGCAAGAUCAGGUUGCUCACUUACUGGCAAAAAAUGUCAAAGCUUGUAUGUUCAGCUCGAAAGGCACAGCUGAUCAAAGACGGCAGACAUUCAAUCUGUUCAUCAAUGGCUUGCUUGAUCUCAUUUAUAUCUCUCCAGAGAUGAUAAGUGCGUCUGAGCAAUGUAAGAAAGCGAUCGGAAGACUGUACAAAGAUGGGAAGCUCGCGCGUAUUGUCGUGGAUGAGGCACACUGUGUAUCGAAUUGGGGACACGAUUUCAGACCCGACUACAAGGAAUUGAAGUACUUCAAAGAACAGUACCCUGAUAUUCCUCUGAUAGCACUCACAGCUACGGCAAGUGAACAGGUAAGGCUUGACGUUGUCCACAAUUUGCGUUUGAAGGACCCCAUAUUCUUAAAGCAAAGUUUUAACAGGACUAACUUAUACUACGAGGUGCUCAAAAAAGGCAAAGAUGCAGUCUCUUCAAUAUGUGACGCUGUCAAGACCCGGUUCAAGAACCAAACAGGCAUAAUAUACUGCCAUUCUAAAAACUCUUGUGAGCAAACGGCAUCUAUAAUGCAAAAAAGAGGUAUCAAUUCUGCUUAUUACCAUGCGGGCAUGGAACCAGACGAAAGAAAUCAAGUCCAACAAGCUUGGCAAGCUGACAAAAUUCGCGUCAUAUGCGCAACGGUCGCCUUCGGGAUGGGAAUAGAUAAACCGGAUGUUCGCUUCGUUUAUCAUCUUACAGUUCCAAGAACCUUGGAGGGCUACUAUCAGGAAACAGGCCGUGCAGGAAGGGAUGGAAAAUAUUCGUAUUGCAUAAUGUAUUAUACCUUUCGAGAUGUGCGUACCAUGCAGACUAUGAUUCAGAAAGACAAAAAUCUAGACAGAGAUAAUAAGGAAAAGCAUCUUACCAAGCUCCAGCAAGUUAUGCAGUACUGUGAGAACGUUACUGACUGCAGAAGGCAACUGGUUUUGUCAUAUUUCAACGAAAAGUUUGAAUCCUCGCUUUGUAAAAGUAAUUGUGACAAUUGCAAGAAUAGCGUUAACACCACUACCGAAGAGCGGGACAUUACAGCGGAGACUCUAAACAUAGUGAAGUUAAUUUCCGAAAUACAGGAUGAGAAAGUAACAUUGAUUCACUGUCAAGACAUAUACAAAGGGUCACGCAAUUCCAAAAUAGUGCAAGCAGGCCACGAUAAGCUCAACUACCAUGGUCAGGGAAAAAACAUGUCGAAAUCAGAGAUAGAAAGAAUCUUUUUUCACUUAGUCACCAAUCAAGUUCUGCAAGAAUACCCUGUGAUGACGGGGCGAGGCUUUGCUUCAAAUUAUAUCAAAGUGGGAAGCAAGGCACGACAGGUUUUGAAUGGAAGAAUGAAGGUGUCGAUGCAUUUUGUCACCUCAAAUGGUGCCUCUUCGAGACCAGGGUCUGCUCCUCCAGUUCAAAUGGCAGACUUGAAUGGAAAGACGCCAACUGAUAACAGCAAUGGAAAUAAUGCUUUGUUACGGACCGCUGGCGCGUCUAGCUUUAGCCGACCAGCCCUUAAUCGUUAUGCUUAUGAUGAAAAUAAACCUUCAUCAGAUUCAAAACUUUACAAUCGAUCUGCAUCGCCAAUACUGAUGGAAGACAAUACAAGUCAUUUAUCAGCUGAGGAGCAGCUGAGUGUAACAACAGCUUACCAAGAACUGAGGCAGAGAGCGAUGGACGUCGCCAGCCGAAACGGCUAUACCUCUUUCAUGGGCGUCAUCUCUGAACAAGCUCUGAAAAAAGCUGCAGUUACGCUGCCGAGUUCCAUUGAGCAGUUUCGACUGUUGCCCAAUUUGACCACCUCUCAACAGCAAAACUUUGCCCAUUUCAAAGAACUUCUGAUAACUUUACGGGCUAGGCGCCAAGCUUCAAGCCGACAACAAACCUCUUGGCAGGCUCCGCCGGCUCCGGGUACCACUCCCUUGUUCCAAGGUUCUGAUUUCAUCGAAGCUUCGGAGAUGCAAAGACGCGAUAGCGAGAUAUUGCAACAAAUACGUAACUCUGCAUCCAUCGACUUUAGCCCUAACGUUCUAAGCCAAAAAUUUAGAAGCAGUCAGUCCAAAGCAAAACGAGGAAAGAGGAACAAGUGGCCUGCGAAAAACUGGGCUAAGAGGUGA